AUGAGCGCUUCAGUGUGGCCAGUUCCCCGGAAACAGCUGGUACACAGCUGUUGCAAUAAACAUGGUUAAUAAUAUGGAAUUUCGGGUUUUGGAGCUAUUUAGCGGCAUUGGUGGCAUGCAUUAUGCCUUUAAGUAUGCUCAGCUGGAGGGAGAUAUAGUGGCCGCCUUGGAUGUAAACACUGUGGCCAAUACGGUUUACGUGCAUAAUUAUGGAUCCAAACACGUGAAGACCAGGAAUAUCCAGAGCUUGAGUGCCAAUGAGGUGGGGAAGUUCGAUGCCAACAUGCUACUGAUGUCGCCUCCCUGCCAGCCCCACACCCGCCAAGGAUUGCAGCGAGACACGGAGGACAAGCGAUCCGACGCACUGACCCAUCUCUGCGGGCUCAUACCGGAAUGCAGUGGUCUUCAGUACAUUCUUAUGGAGAACGUCAAGGGAUUCGAGGGCUCUCAGGCUCGAAACCAGUUUAUUUCAGCUCUGGAGCAAGCUGGAUUCCAUUGGCGGGAGUUCAUACUGACGCCCACGCAGUUCAACGUUCCAAACACGCGGCAUCGCUACUACUGCAUUGCUCGUCGGAAUCAGGACUUUUCCUUUCCUGGUGGCAAGAUCUGGGAGCAGGUUCCCUUCGAUAUUAUCCAAGACCAGCCACUUUCCCGAAUCGAGAUUGUGGAGGAAAAUGUUCCUCGCGAAUUUCUAGUGCCUGAUGACGUCCUGUCGAAAAGAGUCCUUGUUAUGGACAUAAUCCACCCAGCACAGAGCAGAUCCAUGUGCUUCACCAAGGGCUACACGCACUACACGGAGGGCACAGGCUCGGCCUUUACGCCUCUCUCGGAGGAGGAGUCGCAUCGGAUAUUCGAACUGGUCAAGGAGAUCGAUACGAGUAGCAGCCCGGAGUCUGUGAAGUCGGAGGAGGUACUGCAGCGACGGUUGGAUCUGCUGCAUCAAUUAAAACUACGCUACUUUACGCCCCGCGAGGUGGCUCGUCUGAUGAGUUUUCCCGAGGAGUUCGACUUCCCCGCCGAGACAACCAACCGACAGAAAUACCUGCUGGGCAACAGCAUAAUGUAAGGUUGUGGAGAAUUAAUUAAAAUAUUGACCACCGUUUAAAUAUUCUAUAAAAUAUUAACAUUAAAAGAUGGAACUGCACAAUGCAAUACAGAGUUACUAAA